AUGUUACCGCAAUCCAUGUCUCCUCCCUCUCAACCAUCAGGGUUUUAUCCCUCUCAACAGCCUGAAUCUUCUUCCUCUCAAAGUCAACCAAAUCCUCACCUACAAUCUGAAUACCCAAAAUUGUUAGUGGCAUUAUCAGGUGAUUACAACAGUGGUAAAACUUAUUUGAUGAAUAAGUUAGAAAACAAGAAUUUCCAGUCGUCAUAUCAAUAUGCAACACCUGCAUUUGGAUUUAUACAAUCAUCAAUUUCAGAUUAUAUUUAUAUGGAUACUCAAGGUUUGAAAAGAUUAGCAUCAUCUUCACUUGAUUCCGAUAGGGGUACCCUUAGCAUCAAAGAUAUCAAAGCCAUUGAUAAUUUAAUCUCCCAAACUUAUAAAGUUGCAAAUAUUAUUAUUGAAGUAAGAGACACAGGUAACAAUGAAGAUAUUUGCAAUACCCAACAAAGACAUGCCGAGUACCUUCAAGAUAGAAUAACAAGUGAAAACCAAAUCCCUGUUAUGGUUGUUGUUGUCCAUAACUUUAAAAAUUUAAAAACAAUAUCUGAAGUUGAAAGAUACAUUCGUGAUGAUAUUACUAAUCCUGAAAUUGGUGGCCAAUUAACAGUUAGUUCAAAACCUGAAACCAAAGGUUGCAAAUGCAUGUUGAUAGCAUAUUACAUUAUAUUAAAAGUUUUACAAGAUCAAGGUGGUAUUCCAAAAGUUAACUUUUUAAAUAAAAUCAUUCAAAUCAUGGAACAAUCAUUGGGAAGUUAUAUUAAAGAUCCAAAAGUAUCAAAAGAUUCAUUUGUAAGAGUAAAGAAGGAUGAAACAAUUGCAAGUUAUUGGGGUUCUUUUUUUUCCAAAACGGAACCUGAAAAACCUACUCUUGUUGAAACACAUGAAUUUAAAAUUACAAUACAAAAUAACACAAUUAAAUUGAUUAACUCUUCUUUUGAUUUAGAAUUUUAUAAAGAUAGUUGUGGAUUUAAAAGCAUUGAUUAUUCUCCACAAUAUGAUGUAGUUGACAAACCAGAUUUUUUUUCAAUUGUAUAUGAUGCACCAAAUUCAUAUGUACAAUGGCUUUGCUCACAAAAUAAUUCUCACAUAAUUGUUUUUCAAAGUGUAAGAAAAUUCCCAACAUACUUACGUUCUGAUCUUAGAAGAAAUAUUUAUCCAAGAACAUAUGGUAAUAACAAAAAAGAGUUUCAAAUUCCAUCUAAACCAGGGAUUGACUGUGCAAGAUUAUCUGUGACUGCUAAACAUAUAGACGGUGUAGCAUUUGUUUCUCUCGCUAAAGAUAAUAAUGUUAUUGGUGGUUCUCCAUUUCCAAGAAGAUAA